CUCAAAUGUUGUCAUCUGAAUAAUGCUCCAAACCUUAAUUUACUUCGACCUUUCCUAUGGGCGGCCUUGGCCUUUUGCUUCUCACACCUCUCCCCAUGUUUUACUCUUACUAAUCCACUCUUUCAAACCACGUUAUUUCUUUCUUAAUAUUUUCUGCUUUGUUCUGUAGCUUUUUGUGGCUAUGUACUCUAUAAAUAUCUACUUCUAGCUCCAAACCCUUCAAAAAAGUCUUUCCUAUUUGACUCUAGCACUUCAAGUACUCUUCCUUGUGUCCUCAAACAAUGGGGCUUAGAGAUGAGAAUGGUGGUUUUGUUUUUGAUUCAGCUAUGCUUCAAAAACAAGCAAACUUGCCUAGUGAGUUCCUUUGGCCACAGGAGGACUUGGUUGAAGCUCAGGAAGAGCUCAACGAACCUCUAAUAGACCUGGGUGGGUUCAAGAGAGGUGACGAGGUGGAAACAGCUCGAGCUGCCGAGCUUUUGAGCAAGGCUUGCUCGGAACAUGGUUUCUUCCAAGUCACCAACCAUGGUAUCGAUGCCACUAUCAUUCAAGCCGCACACAAUGAAAUCGAUACCUUUUUCAACUUGCCCCUCGACAAGAAGCUCAGUCUUCGCAAGAAGCCUGGCUCUCUCAAUGCCAAUGGGUACUCAGGUGCACAUGCGCAUCGUUUUUCAUCAAAGUUGCCAUGGAAGGAGACAUAUACUCUUCUCCACCAUGAGAAUGACCCAUCGAACCCCAACAUUAUUGUUGACUAUUGCAAGUCUGUCAUGGGAGAAGAUUUUGAACACACAGGUUGGAUUUGCCAAAGAUACUGUAAUGCCUUGAAGGAACUCGGUUUAUUGAUUACGGAGCUCCUGGCAAUUAGCUUGGGUGUUGAUCGUUUUCACUAUCGCAAUUUUUUUGAAGAUUGUGUCUCAAUGAUGAGGUGCAAUUACUAUCCCCCUUGCCAAAAUCCUGGCCUCACCUUUGGCACUGGACCACAUUGCGACCCAAACUCCUUGACCAUACUUCAUCAAGACCAAGUUGGAGGCCUCGAAGUUUUUUCAAAUAACAAAUGGAAAGCAAUUCGACCUGAACCAGGUGCCCUAGUCGUAAACAUUGGUGAUACCUUCAUGGCAUUAUGUAAUGGGAGAUACAAGAGUUGCCUGCAUAGAGCAAUGGUGAACAGGAAUUUGGAGAGGAAAACGAUUGCUUUCUUUUUGUCCCCAAGAGAGGACAGAGUGGUGAGACCCCCACAAGAGCUGUUUAGUCGAGAAGAGCCAAGGAAGUACCCGGAUUUCACAUGGCCAGAAUUCUGGGAGUUUUCACAAAAGCACUACAGGUCUGAUGUCACUACCAUCGACAACUUCAUCAAAUGGAAACUAUCUUCCAAACCAUCCGGCACUUUUACUUCUAUUGCUUGAUCAAUCGCUCAACUGGCUAUGCCAUUUAUAAUUAAGCUUUUCUUUUUCUUUUUUCUUUUUUUCUUUCUUGCUGAAAAUAUAAAUAAGUAUUUUAAUUUUUAAAAUUUUUCUCCAGCUAGUAUUUGCUUUUGUGUGUACCUUUUAGUACUUCUUGUUACCCAAUUGCAUCUCAGUAUUAUCAUUUCUGAGGGUUACAAUUAAUGCUAUCUUUUCGCUUAUGGGUUUUAGCUUUUUGGCUAUGACUGCACA